GCUGGCAAAGAAUUUGGCUGCGACGUCGACGCUGCUGCUGUCGCUGUCGCCGUCGGCGUUGGUAUGCUGCUUGUGUGUUGGACUUAUAAGCAGAAUAGAAUACUCACUGAAUACAAUAGAACAGCACAAUUCUCUGUCUGCACACACACACACACACACAUGGACACAUGUAGUGAAGCACCUUUACUAGCCCCCCUUUCAAUUGCCUUCCCCCUCGCUGCUUUCAUGUUGCUGUUUUCAUUGAAAGCAUUUGCAAAUCUCAGUUCAAGAUGCAAAGCAACAAUAACAACGACAGCAAGAAAAGAAACCAACACCGAAAACAGCCAAAGUAACAACAACAACAACAACAACAAAAAGAAGUCGAGAAAGAUGACUUCACCGCUGGCCACCCUGGAGCUGCAGUACUUCAAGGCUGUCUCGCUCUAUCGUCGUCGCAGCUACGAACCCUGCGUCGGAGUUUGCAACGCGCUGCUCCAAGCUGGCCACGAAAAUCAUGUGCAGAUGUUUGCCGGCGCUGCUAAAGGAGAAGACGACGAGCAGGAGCAACAACAGCAGCAGCAGGCGGAGCACUUGCAACGCAUUGGACCCAGACAGCGACGUCGUCGGGAUCAAGAGGGAGCAGGAGCUGGAGGCAGCAUGGGCAGCAGCUCAAUUAUGCCCACGUGGCUGAUGGAGAGCGUGUGGCAACUCAAGAUGCGGGCGUUGACCCAACGCGUCUAUCUGGAUGAUCUCGAGGUGGACGAAGCAGAUGCAGGAGUCAAUGAGGAGGUGGAGUUUGAGCGCAUUGCGACGGCGGCGCGUCCCGGGAGCAGCAUCAAGACCGCCUUUCAGCCGCGUCCUAGCACCAGCCAGCGACGGGUUCCUUCGAGUGUGACGCACUCCAGCGAUGGACGUUUGAAUAGUGCGCGACCCGGCUCCGCUUUGAGUCGUCCGGGCUCCUCACUGGGCAACCGACCCGCCUCCCGCUGCGGCACCGCGUCACGAGUGCGCGCAACUUCGGCAGCCGCCUUCAAUGUGGGUGACGCCACCUCAAAGCUUUACCAGGCCUCCCGACUCAACCCAACGAUUUAUGCGGAGCGGGAAACGAUUGUCAAGGCGCUGUUUCAGUUCCUGUAUUACCACGAGGCGGAUGUGCAGAAAGCGUAUUCGCUGUGCCAGGCGGUGACCGAUGUGCAGCGCCAGCGUCCGGCGCAAGGUUCGCUGGCCACGCCCACGAAUCCCGCACGCACCGAUUGGUGGUGGCAACAGCAGCUGGGCAGGUGUUUGUUGGCUCUACACUAUCCACGCCGCGCGGAGCCUGCUCUUCAACAAUCCCUAGCAGCUUUUUCCCACCCGGACACUUAUCUGCUGCUCUCGCGACUCUAUCAGCGUCUCAAGCAACCGGAGCGUGCGUUGCUCCUGAUUGGCCAGGCCCUGGAGCAGCAUCCCUUCGAUGUGACGUUUCGUCUGGAGCAGGCGCGCAUCCACGAGGCCAUGACCCAGCAGGAGGAUGCACUGCAGCUGUAUCGCUUGGCGGCAAAGCUGCAACCGAUCAAUGUGGAGGCGUUGGCCAGCAUUGCCGUUGGCUACUUCUACGAUAAUAAUCCGGAGAUGUCGCUGAUGUAUUACCGCCGCAUUCUCUCGCUGGGCGUGCACACCGUGGAGCUGUAUUGCAAUAUUGCCCUGUGCUGUUUGUAUGGCGGACAGAUAGAUCUGGUUUUGCCUUGUUUUCAGCGUGCGCUUCUCAUGGCCACUCAACCGGAACAGAAGGCGGAUGUUUGGUACAAUCUAAGCUUUGUUGCGGUUACAUCGGGCGACUUUAGUCUGGCCAAACGCUGUCUGCAGCUCUGCCUCACCUCCGAUGCCCGCGAUGGCGCCGCUCUCAACAAUCUAGCGGUGCUCGCUGCCCACAGCGGCGACAUUCUGGGUGCCAAGUCGUACCUUAAUGCUGCCAAGGAUGUGCAGCCCGAUAGCAGCGAAGUGGUGGCCAAUCUACAAUACAUGGAUCUGCACUACAAGCUGUAAUUGAAGGUCUUCAGACACGGUAACUGAAUAGCAGGAUAUUCUAGGUUAGGUCUGAACGUCUGUCUGUCUGUCCGUUGUUUUGAACAGCUAAAUGUAGGAGGCUAUAGGAGCUAGGUCUUUGAGAUUUGAUGAGCAUAUUCAUGUAAUCAGUAAGCAGCUUUAAGUUAUGACCACGCCCCCUGACGCCUCUCAAAACUACAAAGAAAGAAUAGUGAGAGUAAUUGUAAGCCUUGAAACUCUAAUCAUUAGAGUCUAAUGUUUUCUAAGAAUUGCAUUAGAUUUGAGACUCCAAGAAUUACAUUAGAAGUGGUUAAUAAACUAUUUCAAAAACGA